CGGUUGACAAAUAAAUUGUGAUGUUCUUUUUGAGUUAUUUAAAAUAAUUUUAAUUUCUUAACAUAUUAUUUGAACAUUAUGCUUCUGCAUAACUUCAUACGGCACGUUUUACACGUGCAAAGUGAUUUUGCUUGUUCUACGGCGCACAUAAUGGAAUUUCAAGCGGCAGAAAAGUACGUCCAAAGAGAAGAUCGGAAAAAAAGUACUCUCGUAGUAUUUCCAGUUUUCGAAAAAUAAUUCGUACCAAUUUGGCCCGGUUUUACCUACCUGCCUUUUUUUGAGGUUUUCGGAGUAUACCUAUCGACUGUGGCUAUCAUAAAAUAUAAGAAAAUGUAAUUUCAUUUGGAUUAUUAAAUAUUCAAUUGCUGCUAUAAAUGUUACAGGAAAUUAUUUAAAUGCCGGCAACUAAUAUUCCAGCUUAAACUUCUGCUGGAUUAGUUCAGUCGUUUAAAGAGUAUGUAACGCUCAACAAUUAAAAUAUUGUACGUUCUGUUCGAGAAAUAUUAAGUAAAACACUUUGUGUACACGAAAAUUUGUGGAUUUGAUUUGAUUGAAGUGUUAAAUACAAGAAACUAUACGAUGACGAAUAAUACUGCUCAACCUUUAACAAGCAAGAUGGAACGGCAAAUCCCUUUGAUAUCUUGCAUCUAUUGCAAUGUGUCCUUUACCGACAAGAUGGAUUUGAGAGCCCAUUGCCAGACGGAAAUGCAUGAAAUGAUGAUAAUGUCCGACGAUGGACAUGAUUGGUUCUGGCGUCCUCCACCGAGAGGAUUUAAAUCAGAUACCUACAUGCUAUGUCAGAAUUGGAAGGAAACCGGUUCUUGCAGAUUUGGUGUGCAAUGUGUUCAGGCCCACGGAGCACAAGAACUUAUAGAAUGGAAGGAGAGGUUUCAUUACAGAGAAAUGAAAUUGCAAAGAGCCAGAGAAAAGGAACUUUUUGGAAAAUCUUACACAGAAGAACUUUUGGACAGGUGGAUUCAGAGCCCCAAUCCGGACGAACUAAUGAAAGAUCGUAUCGAUGACGUCGACGACCGUUGCUCUUGCCCCCUUUCAGUGACCGUCUCAUCGAAGAAUAGCUAUCACAACUGGACGUUUUUGAUCAAAACGAGAAAACCGCUGAAAGCCGUGGCUUUGCUACAGGACACCUACCGAACGCACUUCUAUAUAUCGACGAUUUUCGUGAAGAACGCCAAAGUUGAGUUGAAAAACGAUCAGGAGUGGAUAUCGCCUCUGUGCCAUCAGGAAUCGUACGCUGUCGUGGAGUACCGGAUAACGAUAAUGUUUAAGACGAACAUUUUCGGAACGUUCAGGCAGACUGUGGUGUUCGAUUUUUCGACCGAACCAGUUUUGGUGAAACAUUUAUGCGUGGAUCUGGUACCGGAAUCGGAAGUGGAGAAAAUCAACGAGAUACGCAAAGAAAUCACGCUCUCCAUUGCGGAAAGGUGGACCGCUCACAAUUCCGAUAUCGUGUCUUUCCAGUCCAGUCUGGUGAGCGGUUCUUCCAGCGAGGAAUGGGAGAAGAAACUCAAGGCAAUGUAUCCGUGUCCUCAAGCGGAUACAUUUAUUCUGUCUCACUCCACGAUGAUGGAAAGGAAAUUUUCUCGAAGUGAUUACAGGGAGAGAAUGCAUGAGCUAUUAUUCGUGGAGGAAAUGUCCAGGUACGACCUGAUCGCCCAGUAUAACCUCACGACGAAACUGCAGAUAGCUCAUAGCUACAUCUUGUCGCCCAACAGCAUGGCCGCCAGUACUGCAAAGUACUCGAACAACGGAGAGCUGUUCGCUUCUAUAAAUUUGGGAAAGGAACUAUCGGAGGAUACGUCUGAAGGAAGACUCAUCCUGAUGCAGUGUAAUUCGGUGUAUUUGUGCCCCACGACGGGAGCCACUGGAUUGAGGAGGAAGGUUUACGAAUGUCUGAUAGAAGAUAAAGGAAAGAAUACGAUUUAUUUGAGAUUAUCGAGCGAUACUGUCAGAGAAUUGAAGCUCACUCCCGAUUCCGACAUCGAGGUACAAAUCCAGUUCCAGCUGAAUCGCAUUCCCUACUGCGAAUGGCACUACAUCCUAGACAAGAUGGCCAAUUUCAAGCUCAUCUUUCCGGACACCUACCUGGAACCGGCCAUUCCGUGGUCGCCUUCCAGACAGUGGUCCAGGAAUCUGGAUUCGCGGCUGAACAUCAAGCAGAAAGAGGCGGUGGUGGCCAUUACUACACCUUUGUGCAUCCAGUUACCACCAAUUCUAGUCAUAGGUCCAUUUGGGACAGGAAAAACCUUUACACUGGCACAAGCCAUACGCAAUCUGAUCAAAGACUCUUCGAACAGGAUUUUGUUGUGCACACAUUCAAACAGUGCAGCUGACCUGUACAUCAAGGAUUAUUUGGACAAGUGGGUACAAGAAGGGGAGGAAAACGCCAGACCUUUGAGGAUUUACUACCAGAAGAGAUGGGUGGCGACAGUUAACAGUGUUGUGCAGAAGUAUUGCCUGAUAGAAGUGAAAAACGGUAUCCGAUCGUUUUGCAUUCCAACAUUAGAAGACAUCAUGAAACACCGCAUAAUCGUCGUCACUUUCUCCACGUCCGUGUACCUGUCAGCCAUGGGUCUCCCCUCCGGCUUCUUCACGCACAUCCUCCUCGACGAGGCCGCCCAGGCCAUCGAAUGCGAAACCGUCACCCCCCUGGCCAUCGCCAACGAGCACACGCGCCUCGUGCUCGCCGGAGACCACAUGCAACUCGGGCCCGAAAUCGUCUCAAACUUUGCCAAAGAACGAAACCUACACAUAUCGCUACUGGAACGGUUAUAUGACCACUAUCCCAACCAGUUCCCAUGUAAAAUCCUGCUUUGCGAGAAUUAUCGGGCUCACGAAAGCAUCAUUCAGUUUACGUCCGAGUCGUUCUACGAUCAGAAGCUGGUGUCUAGCAGUAAACAGCCGAAGCACUCGAAGUAUUUUCCUUUGAGUUUCUUUACUACGAGGGGCGAGGAUGUUCAGGAUAAGAACUCAACGGCGUUUUACAAUAAUUCCGAAGUAUACGAAGUUGUGGAGAGGGUGGCGGAACUGAAAAGAACGUGGCCGGAAGAGUGGGGGAAGUACACGGACCAGUCCAUUGGCGUGGUGACGCCGUACGCCGAUCAGGUGUUUCGGAUACGGGCGGAACUGCGAAAACGACGAAUAGAUAACGUUUGCGUCGAACGCGUUUUGAACAUACAGGGAAAACAGUUUCGAGCUAUCAUACUCUCGACGGUACGGACGAGGAAAACGUGUACGAACGACGCAUCGUCCGAAGACCUAGAUUACGGAUUCCUAUCGAAUUCCAAACUCCUCAAUACCGCCAUUACUCGAGCUCAAAGUUUGGUGGCGGUGGUCGGCGAUCCCAUAGCGCUUUGUUCGCUCGGGCGGUGUAGUAAAGUAUGGGAGAGGUUCAUACAGAUUUGUAACGAGAACGAUAGUCUUUUCGGGAUCACCUGGACCCAGUUGAAGCUUCAACUCGACUCGAUCGAACUGAAGAAGAUCUACACGCUAAACCCUCUCGCGCCGGAAUUUAUUCCUCGGAGCUACAUUGCUCAGCCGAUCGUAAAUAAUAUCGCGCCUCCGACAAUUCCAUUGAAGGAAGUGCUGCCGCCGCCGGGAGGAAUAGUAACGCCGCACGUGGUUCCGCCUUUCGGGAUACCCUUUCCGCAGCUCAUUUAUCCCCCUCCUCAACCCAGACCGUUUCUUUUCAACCCUCUACCGGCGGGAAUCGUACCACCACACGGAUUUUCGCAAACGGUGAGGGUAGUGACGGCGCCUGCGCCGGCACCUGUACACAGACCGGCGCCGAUACAGCCGCAGCCCUUGCCUAAAACGAUCCAUCCCCAUCAGGUGGGGCUGGUUAUAUCAAAAACGUCGCCUCCGUUACCCAAACCUGUCAUCCCUCCUUCCAGCAACAAACUUAUUCAGUUUAUGAAUAACGUACACUUUCCCGAAGCCUCAGUUCUGAACGAUUGCAUAAACUUGCUCCCUCAAAACAUGUCGUUGGCGGAUAUGCUGCUACAACCUCCCAGUCUACAGGAAAGGUGGUAUAAUUACCUCAAGGAAAGCACGGGAGAAGAGGCAGCGGAAAAAUUCAAGUACCUCCUACAUACAACAAACCAGAAAGGAUCCAAGGUUCAGGAUCGGUUAAUAUUUGAUUGCGCCACACCUCAGUCGUGUGAUUCGCCAACUUUCAACUGGUAUGACAGCCCGAAUAACCAGAUUAACAUCAACAAGUCGGUCUAUAUUCAGAGCGAGCACGUAAACGGUCAAGGUAUAGCGCAGAACGGAUUUCACAAACCACAGAUUAACGAAGAGAGUAGGAAGAGUAUAGUGGAUUCGAUGUUGGAACUGGACGAGAUCGACUUGCAGAGGCACAUCAAUCGGGAGUUUGCGAAUUUGAGCUUGAGGAACGGCGUCAACGAAGAAGAGGAGUUGUACAGGGCGUUCGAAAAGAGUUCCAUCAAAGCGAGUUUGGGACUAAACGGAACUGCUGGUGUGGGUGUUCCGAGGUUCUACAAAUAUUUCCAUUAGAAAUGAGAAAAGGAAAGAUCUGAAAAAAAUCAAGUACAAAGAAUAUUUAUCUCUCGAAAUUACAGCCAGUAAAGUAUAAUAUACAGGAUGGCCCAGUGUUUCGAAAAUGAAGUUCCAUGCAAGUUAUGUUGUUUGGGAUAUUUACUUAAUACAGGGUGUUUCAAAAAACAUGUGCCAUCUCGCGUGGGGAGAUCCCCCAUAUAAAAAUAAGAUCUAUUUUUCAUAUAAACAUAGGUCCGAUUCUGCUUUGUUUCGUAGC